AUGUUUAUUGCAUAAAGUAAAUAUAUAAUAAUUCUUUUAGUUUAUGCUUUAACUGAUGCUAAGAAAUACGAAGAAGCUAUUGAAUAAUGUGAAAAAGUAAUCGCUAAAUAACCACAAUUCCUCCAUGCUUAUUAUAGAAAAAGUAAUCAUUCUUAUUAAAAAAAAGGCUAUAUUUUAUAAUUAAGUUAUUAAUUUUCAUAUUACAACUUUAGAAUUAAAAUGAAUAGCCAUAUAGUGCGUUGUUAAUGCACUCUAAUUCAAUCCAAAAUUUUGUAUUGCAUAUUUCUAAAAAGGUAACUAAAUUUUUAAAUUCUAAGGGUAUAUGCGAUUAUAAGAAUUAGAAAAACAAUUAUACAACAAAAAAUAACCAUUAAAAUGCAAUUAUUUGUUAUGA